AUGGCGUCCCUGGCUGGAGGGCUGGACCCUGGGCCGGGCGGGCGGGGUGCGGGCAGGCCCCUCGGCCUCUUGCUCGCCGGCGCCCCCUGGUGCUCGUGUCGCUCCGCAGGCUCCCGGACCUCCGUGCUCUUGGCCUUCGCCCUGCUCUGCCAGCCCUGGCCUCCCCAGGCGGGCGCCUUCCCCGCCAUGCCCUUGUCCAGCCUCUUUGCCAACGCCGUGCUGCGGGCCCAGCACCUGCACCAGCUGGCUGCUGACACCUACAAGGAGUUUGAGCGCACUUACAUUCCGGAGGGCCAGAGGUACUCCCUCCAGAACGCCCAGGCCGCCUUCUGCUUCUCGGAGACCAUCCCAGCACCCACCGGGAAAGAGGAGGCCCAGCAGAGAUCCGACGUGGAGCUGCUGCGCUUCUCGCUGCUGCUCAUCCAGUCCUGGCUCGGACCCGUGCAGUUCCUCAGCAGGGUCUUCACCAACAGCCUGGUGUUCGGCACCUCCGACCGCGUCUACGAGAAGCUCAAGGACCUAGAGGAAGGCAUCCAGGCCCUGAUGCAGGAGCUGGAGGAGGGCAGCCCCCGUGCCGGGCAGAUCCUCAAGCAGACCUACGACAGGUUCGAGACAAACUUGCGCAGCGAGGACGCGCUGCUCAAGAACUAUGGGCUCCUGUCCUGCUUUAAGAAGGACCUGCACAAGGCGGAGACCUACCUGCGGGUCAUGAAGUGUCGUCGCUUCGUGGAGAGCAGCUGUGCCUUCUAG